AUGAAGUUGGUACUCAUCGCUCUUCUGGGCUUUUCCGCCGCCUCGGCUUUUGUCGUGAAGAACCAAGAAACACUUGUCAUCUCAAGCGAAGCUGAAGUUCUGUCUGGAGAAGCCUUAGCUUCUUACGUCAACGCAAAUCAGAAACUAUGGACUGCUAAGAAUCCCAACUUGAGUGAGGAGAAGCAAAAGGCCAAGUUGAUGGAUUUGAUGUACCUCGAAGCCCCAGCUGCUGAUGAAAUUGCUCCUGAACUCCAGCACAUCCAACUUGACGACAUUCCAACCUCUUUUGAUGCUCGCAAACAAUGGGCACAGUGUCCCAGCAUUGGAGCCAUCCGUGAUCAGUCUGACUGUGGUGCUUGCUGGGCUUUCGCAGCUGCUGAAGCUAUGUCCGAUAGAACUUGCAUCGCUUCCAACGCAAAGGUCAACCCAACUCUCUCUGCUGAUGAUAUUCUUUCUUGCUGUGGAAGUGCCUGUGGAAAUGGAUGCAAAGGAGGAUAUCCCAUUCAAGCCUUUAAGUUCUGGAAUAGUCACGGAGUCUGCACUGGAGGUCUCUACGGUUCUCAUGUUGGUUGCAAGCCAUAUCCAUUUGCUCCAUGUGGAAGCCACGCUAACGAGCAAGCAUGUCCAGAAUCAGAAUACGACACACCUAAAUGUACCAGCACUUGCUUAGAAUCUAGCUACAAGAUCAGCUAUAACGAUGACAAGCAUUAUGGAAAGACCGCUUAUGGAGUAUCCAAGAACGUUGCUGCCAUCCAAAAGGAAUUGAUGAGUCACGGUCCAGUUGAAGCAGCCUUCACCGUUUACGAAGACUUCUACCAUUAUACCGGCGGAGUUUACGUCCACACCGGUGGUAAGCGCCUCGGAGGACACGCCGUCAAGAUUGUCGGAUGGGGAGUUGAUAAUGGAACUCCAUACUGGAAUAUUGCCAACUCAUGGAGCACUACCUGGGGAGAAAAAGGAUUCUUCAGAAUCAUCAGAGGAGUCAACGAAGUUGGAAUUGAAGGAGGCAUCGUCGCCGGACUUCCUCGAGUCUAA